CCUUGGUUUGACCCGAAAUCGCCAAUCGAGAUCGGCCCCUCCGCCUCCUGCCCGCCCCCUUCGACGCUUUCUCCCCUGCUCUUUUACAGUCGCGGCCCGUCAUCCAUGGCCGAGCGGGUCGUGGGAUCCUCGCCGGCGGCCGCGGGCAAAGGCGCUGCUGCCCCCGCAGCCCCUCGCCACAACUUGGUUCGCACCUUCAAGUACCUGAUGGCAACGCAGUUCUUGUCGAGGGGGAUCCCAUUCAUAUUUAAUUCGUGGAUCGUGAGGCACCUCACGGCAGCUGACUACGCGCUUUAUGCAGUACAGUUCCAUCUUUUUAUUACCUGCAUCUUGUUUCUAAGUCGGGAAGGUUUUCGACGUGCAUGCAUGCGCACAGAUAUUCAACGGAAUGAUUCAUCGAUGGAAGAAAAUGCUGCAAGAUUAUUGAAAGUAGCUUGGAUGACAUUUCCAAUUGGCAUCUUGUUUACCUUAGCAGUCUGCCUCAUCGUGUUCUGGUUCCAAAAGCUCACUCCUUCAGAUGCAUAUGCACAAGCUAUAUUGAUCCAUGGACUUGCUUGCAUAUUGGAAUUGUUGGCAGAACCUCUGUAUAUUCUUUCUCAGAAUUUGCUUCUCCUUAAGCUGAGAUUGAUAGUUGAAACUGCAGCCACUAUACUACGAUGCAUGACGACCUACAUCCUCAUAGUUAGAAAACCUAACAUGGAAAAAGCAAUUGUGUUUGCUCUAUCUCAAGCUUCAUAUGGAGCCUGCUUGUUGUUAGGUUACUGGGCGUAUUUUGUAUUCUUCUGCAUAAAUAGAUAUGAUCUUUUUCCCUUCAGAUUGUCGAGCUUGAUGGACUAUGAUAAACAUCUUUUGAAGAUGUGCUUAUUAUUUACCGGUCAAUCUUUUCGAAGGUUGGUUCUUCAAGAAGGUGAAAAGAUGGUUCUUGUAUGGUUCGACACACCAUAUAACCAGGCCGUAUAUGGCCUUGUUGAUAAAUUAGGAAGUCUAGUUGUAAGAUUGGUAUUUCUUCCUUUUGAAGAAAGUACUUAUGCUACUUUUGCCAACAUGUCAUCAGGUCAAUCUUCACAAAGGAUUGUUAAGUUAAGAAGUUCCCUUGUAGAGGCUCUCAAGGUUGUUCUGUUGAUUGGCCUCGUAGUACUGGCAUUUGGUCCAAGUUAUUCAUAUACUCUUGUAAGACUGCUCUAUGGGAGGAAAUGGAGUGAUGGAGAAGCUCCAGCUGCUCUCCGCUAUUAUUGUUUUUAUGUCAUUACCUUAGCCAUGAAUGGGACAUCUGAAGCUUUUCUGCAUGCAGUUGCAAAUGAGAGACAACUUAAGAGGUCAAAUGAUUCAUUGCUUAUAUUCUCUGGGAUUUACAUAGCACUAAAUGUCAUUUUGAUUCGAUCUGCUGGAGCAAUUGGGUUAAUUGCUGCUAAUUCAUUAAAUAUGAUUCUAAGGAUUAUCUACUCUGCAGUAUUUAUCAGCAGCUAUUUCCAGGACUCUUCAUUUUCUUUUUACCGAUGCUUGCCGUCUGGCUGGGAAGUUCUGCUUCUUUCUUACACAGCAACUGUCAUAUCUGAGAGAGUAUUUUUAGACAAGGAAAACUUCUGGCACACUCUCCCUAUUCAUUUAGCCAUUGGUUUAGCAUGUUUCUGCUUCUCAUCUAUUGUCAUUUAUUCUCGUGAGAAGCAGCUCAUCAACAAAAUCAUAGGUAUGCAUAAACAUACCGACUGAGAGAAGCUGAUGAAGUUGUCUAGGAUGGCUAACACCUCAAUUCUUCUGAAUGAAUGACAUGAAUCUGAUGUCUGAUCUUUGUUCCUGCCGGAGAGAAGUAUCAAUGGUUUCUGGUAGGCAU